UUCAUAUCAAAAUCUUCGAGUCCGGCCAAUAAGAAAUGCUGCAAAUUGACGGCGCUGACCCAGUUUUCAACCCCAAGUGGACCAUCCUCAACCUACGGCCCACUCCCACUCCCACCACGUUCCAAACCAAAAAACCCAAGCCCUUAUCAGAUCCGAGCGCGCGGAUCAACCUCUCCUUCUCCAAGUUUCCAUUUAAACUGCACGCCUAACAAAAGCGUUGGCGUCAUUCCCGGGUCUUGUUUUGCUCACUCUCUCCACUUAAAACUGUACUUAGAAAUUCUCCCAAUCAUUAGCGCUUCGCCAAUUGAAUGAACAUCAGGGCGUCGUUCCCCACUAUCUACAUGACAUCCCCAUCAGGUAUUAGAUAACUAGUCAGAACCCAUGGGAAAAGUCGUACCAUACUCGCAGGAAGUUUGCAAAAAAGUAAGCGUAAAGGCCCGCCAAAACGGCGACAAAGCAGGUUUUCCGUGCUACAAUGAGAUUGGGAUGACGUUUCAACUACGGGGUCUGCAAGUUUUCUCGUGGAUUUAGAGGCAUGUAAGAUCGUGACAGGAGGCGGUCGGAUCAUGAGUAAUUGGUUUGAUGAUGAUGAUAAAAGCCAUUGAACGCUUAGGGCCAGGAUAUGGCGAUUGAUAUCACGACUACGGGAAUGAUGAUUUU